CGAUUGUAUAUUGCCUCGAAAAGAAUCGAAGCAUUAAAAAAAGGACUUGCAAGAAAUCGGAACUGGCUGGUUGAUUGAUUUGGUUUUGCCACUCCUCGCUUGUUGAUCCCUUCAUUUUGAAUUGCACGCAGAUAACAGAACCAGAGCUACAAGCAUGCCAUCUACGAUUAGGGAUAGGAUAAACUCAUUCGAAGCUGCGUCCUCUUUGCAGGGAGGGGUUCCUUCGCCCAGUAGACCAAUAGCGAGCAUCUCGCCAAGAGGUGGGGCUCUUGGAACGAAACGAGAUGCAUUCAAACUACCGCACUACGAAGGAGAGCACCGGCACCAGCAAAACGAAAAAGAAGAGAACAAACCCCAGUCAGCAACAAAGCAGCCGAAGCCACAUAGAUUUCGCAACAGAAACAGAGAAACCCAGUCUAGAUCCAAGUUUUACCGCGACAUGAAAAAUGCGAACAACAAUGCCGAGACUGCUUUGAGUGACGUAAACACAAACAGCAGUGGCAAUAACAACAAAAAUAAUCCAACCUCUGCUUCCAACAGAGAACGCGGGAACAGGAUGAGCCACAAUGAAGGUAAUCAGCCGUUUGAAGAGACAUCUUCGACAACUGCAACGGCAUCUGAGAAUCGAAGAAGCAGGAUUCGACAAUCCCAACAACAAAUACGAGAAAACAGUAUUUCCGCUACGACGACAAAUUUCACGGAUUUGAGACGGCAACGGCGGAUGCUGCAAAAUCAGCGGCGGACGUACCAAGCACCAAGCAACGACAGUAGCACCGCAGCUGCAAAGAGCCAGGACAUCGACCAGAGCGAGGCAUCUACCACCAUGUUCGGCAGGGAAAACCUGGCAUCCACAGUUCCGGAUUCCCCCGGCAGAACAUCCACGGCAUCCUCGAGCCUCAACAUUGCAAGCAGCAGCCCGGGUGGUAGCCGGUGGUCCAAAUUAUCGAGGUUGCAAAGGAGACCAAACGGCAUAAACGAGCGGCAAUCAUCGAUUGCUACAAAUACGACGAGGAACUCGGGAUAUUCUGCGGUCACCUCAGUGGUGCGGAACACCACAAGUGACAAUGCAACAUCCAAGCACCUUAGUCCCGUCAAACUGGAGAACGUCAGUGCAGCAUCUCCAAACACGAAAUCAAUGACCAUUUCCAAGCUAAUGUCCGCCACUGCUGGGCUUUCGACCAAGACUCGGAGACAGAACGAGGAAGUCUCGUCGCCAUCGAUAUCUACCUCAAGGCACAGUAAUCGCAACCGAAAGGAAAGCGAUGACAACAACGACAACAAUGGUACUAAUCUGCGAUCUCCAAGAUCGCAUCGAGAUGAUUCUUCGGAUAUUGGUGGAGCUGCCAGUCCGCAACAGAUCAACGCUUCUCUGGAGGCCCCUACCGAUGACGAUGCCACUCUCACUAGCGUGCACCGCAUCAUGGAAGGGAGUAACAAUAGCAACCAUCACAGGACAACUAUCGACAAUAGCAAUAACCAUCAUCCAAAUUCGCACCAAAACAGCGUCAACUACACCUACGAACCAUUACAGUCCAACCACAAUCCUUCUACAUCCGGGAGAGACAGCGGCAGUGUGGGUCCCUCAUGGAAACCCAAUCGCGGGGUUCACAGCAACAGCAACCGAAAUACCAUUUGGAAAGAAGACGAAAAAUCUGACAAGAUAGGAUAUGGACUGGGGGGACGCGUUUUACGAACGGAAUAUUCUAGCGAUUAUGACAUGGACGAUAUCAGCAAGGCGGAUCGCAGUCGUCACUCGGUCCAUUCUGUCGAUGGGCCAUCCACGUCACAGGCUACCGAUGCGAACGACUUUUUAAUCAGUUCCAGGUACAACAACAGUAACGCGAUCAACAGCGGUCUCAACAACAACAAUAACAGCGCAGCAACGAUGGGCACCAAACGAAUCGACGACGAUGACCGGACAUUUGACUAUGGAGAUCGAGAUGACGAUAGCAACGGAGGCACGUCUUUUGCGAGGCGGAGACGGGAAGCAGACCAACGGAGAGCCAGACUGGCGGCUCAGAACGACCUUAACAGCAACAACAACGGCAGCAUAGUACACAAUAACCAAUUAGGGCAGAGCAUCCACCAGGGAGGUGGGAGCAUUAUUGGGAACAACGGAGAGCCAAAGCUCCUGAGCAAGGAGGAAAUGGAACAUUUUACUGCGAAGGACAAUCCCGCGCUGCGAUUGAGUGCUGGGGUUGCUGCGGUGGCAACGGUGGGCCUCGCCGUUGCCGGGCCUGCCGGGUUGUUGAUUGGGGUGGCCGCAGGCGGCCUGGGCUUCGGCUUUAUGCAGAUUCCUGAAGAUGAACGCAUCAAAAUCCAGGACCGGGCCGAAAAGGCUAUGAAUACUCUACAGGAGAAAGCCUGCGAUGCGAGCGAGGCCGUGACUUCCUCCUGUCUCAGCACGUACGAAGACUCUGGCGUCGCGGAACACGUGCCGCACUGCCUAUCGUCGAACAUCGCAGAUCAAUUGGUGCCCAAUUGCCCCACGGGACAAACGGCCAAGUCUGAAAACCUUUUCAAUCCGGCGGGGGCAACGGCGCCUGCUGGUUCCCAGAUGACUGGGCCCCAUUCCGCUGGUACCAACCACCAAGAGCACCCGUCUGCUAGCCCCGCGGGCCCCAUGAUGGAACAGCCCAAGGCCGCUCCUAUGUCUCACAACGAGCGAAUGAGAAACAAAAAGGUUGCGUGCCUUAGAAAUGUCCGCAUUCUCCCCAUCGCCCAGAUCCACGGGCUUGAUCCGACUUCCCAGCCCCGGGCGUGGCUAGACGUUGUCGCAAGUGCCAACACCAGUAACGAUCAAAAAAACGAAGCCAUGGAAGAAAUACUUCUUCUGGCAAAGGACAAGCGCAGGGCAAAAAUAUUUCUCGACGAGGGGAUACUGGAUUACAUCAUCUGGACCAUUUCACGUUAUCUAGAAAAGCUUGAGGCCGCGGACAAGAAAACCGAUUGGGCCUUUCCCGAGAUUACUGCGAACGAAAAGUCGGCCGCCAAUCUUGCGGCGCUGUGCUGUGUUACCCUCGGGAAGGCCCACUGCGCGGCCAUACACACGGAGGGAGACCUGCUGCUCAUGAGCAUGUACGAGCGGGGAACUGUCCCCGAGGAACGCCAGGUUGCGCAGAUGCUGCACGAGGUGCCCCACCACGCGAGGGUCACCAAGAUUAGCGAUCCUACGAUUGUGGAACCUAGCAAGGAGGUCUUUGCCCCCCGGCAGCUCACCCUUGCUCAAGCCGAGGAAUUGGCCAGGUCUAUUAAGGCCGUGGCAGAUGGCCAGAUGUAAUAGAUUGAAAUAUUAUAGAUGACAUUUAACAAAAUCCGUUGUAGCCAUGCCUUUUGAAUCAUUAGAAUUUUUUCGUUCUCACCGGGAAAGAAGUUCAGAGUAAAGCUGUUUCAAUUUUGUCUUUAUGUUGCUACCCGUCUUCGAUUCUCGUGGUCCAUUUGUUCCAGUCGCUCUCUCUGGUAGAACGAUUCAUUCAAAAAGUACACCAUGGCAACAAAGGGAAUGGCCAUGACGUACAUGAGAAACGGCACCCCCUCGUCCGCAUCGAGUGUCUCCCCUCCCCCGGGUUCGAUUCCGGGGGGAGCGGUAGGAAAUCCGUGGUCUUGUACUACUAGGUUGUGCCUGUCUAGGAUCUUUUUGAUAGCGGAAUAUGUCAUUAGGGAGGCGUCAAAGGAUCCGUGCAAGAGCCAGGCCGGGAAAACAAUCCACCCAAUCCCAUAGGAUGCAUCUUUCUCCAGAUCACGGCGACAGACCCCGAUGGAUUGGAGAGCUGCAGCCAUCGGAUGAAUUGGAAAGAGGCACCGGACGUAGAACGUAGAAAUCUGUGCACCGAACCCCAUCGGUGUGUAGACAAAAACGUACAAAAGAUUUUCUGCGCAAGCGAAUCCCAGUGCCACGGUGAUCAUGGCGACUGUUAUGGCUUCUCCUAUCGAUGCGAGUGAGGCUCUCGGCGCAAAUGCAAACUGCUCUUCUGGAUCAGAUGACUCCACACGAUACUGCGACAAGAGUCCGGUAGUCUCUGUAUCGAUAUCCACGUCGCCAUCCGUUUCGGAAGCCGAUUCUUUUUCUGCUGAAAGAACGAGGGUCGGUGACAGUAUCACCUUGUUUCGGAGUUCCAGAUCCGGGUGCUCGACCAUCCAAUAACACAGAUACUUGCAGAUUUCUUCCGUCAUUGCGGCCACAAAUAGCGAGUUUAUGAGUGCGGUGAGAGAUGCCAUGGCCACUUGAUACCACAGGGGACGAUCGAAAUAACUACUAUGAGCAGAGGGCGUUCCGUUCGCCGGGAUAUGCCCAAAGAGCUCGAAUCCUUCGGAAAAGACGAGAGCCAGCAGGAGCAAAACUUUCUGUCCCACCUGGGACACAAACCAUUCGUAUACAAGAGCACAGCCGGUGCAAAUAAAGAAACCGGAUGCAAAGUACUUGACAACAGCAUCAAGGGACAAAUCGGUGCGAUUCCACAACCAAUGAACAAAAAUCAAAAAGACAA